AUGCAAGUAUUAAUUAAAGCUGGAGGAGAUGAAGUUGAAACUAGUUAUUAUCAAGCAUAUAUUGAUAAUCCAAAUUCAUUAAUUAUUUCAACUCCAUCAGGUCAAUUACCUUGUAAAAGAAUAUUUUUUAUUAAAUGGGAACCAAAUAAAGAUCCUGAACUACUUCAACAAUCAAUUAUUGAUCUUAUAUGGAAUGUUAUUCAAAAUGUUAUUUCAUAUAAUUAUACUUCAAUUGCAUUUCCAGCUCUUGGUUGUGGAAAACAUGCUUGUUCAAUUGAUAUUGUUGUUAAAACAAUGAUUAAAGAAAUGAGAAAACAAAUUCAAACUAGAAAAUUAUCAUGGUUAGUUAAAUUUAUCAUUGAACCUAAUCAACAAAAUGUUUAUGAUGAAUUUUGCAAACAACUUUUAUCAUCAGACAAAAAUUUUCAUGCAUCAAUCGAUUAUCAAGUACCUUCAACAUGGCAAAAUAUCACCGAAAAUAAAUUAAAAAUUAUUGUGUCGAUAGAUUCUGAUGAAUAUAAAUCAAUUUCUACAGAUUUUAAUACAGUUAUGAAAGGAAUCUGUAAAAAAAUUAUAAAAAUUGAACGAAUUCAAAAUGAACGAUGGCUUAUGCAAUAUAAUGCACAUUGGACAGAUUUUAAAAAACGUUUACAUAAAGAUACAGAAAAACGUUUAUAUCACGGUUGUGGUGAAAAAGCAGCAAAUUCAAUUAUUGAAGAUUGUUUUAAUAGAAGUUUUGCUGGAGUUAAUGGAACAGCAUAUGGUGUCGGUGUUUAUUUUUCAUCAAAUGCAGCUUAUAGUCAUCGAUUUGCAACACCUAAUUCAAAUCAAGAACGAUGUAUAUUUCUUGCUCGUGUUCUUGUUGGAAAGACAACCUUGGGAAAUAGUUCAAUAAAAACUCGACCAGUUGGAUUUGAUUCAACAACAGAUGGAAAUCAUAUAUUUGUUACAUAUCAUGAUGCACAAGCAUAUGCUGAAUAUUUAAUUACAUAUAAAUAA